AUGAAUGACGAUUUGAUUGAUUAUGAGGAGGAAGAUGAUGUUACCCAUUCUGAACUCGUUCAGCCAGAACAAUCUAUUGACAAUGGUCAGGAAGAAAACGACGAUAAAAAAGAUACAAAGGGAAGUUAUGUUGGUAUUCACUCUACUGGAUUCAGAGAUUUUUUAUUGAAACCAGAACUUUUACGUGCUAUUGUUGACUGUGGUUUUGAACAUCCAAGUGAAGUUCAGCAAGAAUGUAUCCCUCAAUCAAUUUUGGGAAUGGACGUGUUGUGUCAAGCUAAAUCUGGUAUGGGCAAAACAGCAGUAUUUGUUCUUGCAACACUUCAACAAGCGGAUCCUACACCAGGAGAAGUGUCUGUUAUUGUGCUCUGUCACACUCGUGAAUUAGCAUUUCAGAUCAGAAGCGAAUAUACUAGAUUUAGCAGAUAUAUGCCAGAAAUCAAAACUGAUGUUUUCUACGGAGGUAUUCCGAUUAGAGAAGAUUAUAAAAAAUUUUCAAGUAAAGAUACUAUUCCACAUAUCCUAGUAGGAACACCUGGAAGAGUGUUGGCAUUGGUCAACGAUGGACAUCUUAAAGCCGGCAGUGUUAAACAUUUUGUGCUCGAUGAAUGUGAUAAAAUGUUGGAUCAAUUAGAUAUGAGACGAGAUGUUCAAGCAAUCUUUCGUAAAACACCACAUAGUAAACAAGUAAUGAUGUUUAGUGCUACUUUAAGUAAAGAAAUUCGACCGAUAUGUAAAAAAUUUAUGCAAAAUCCAUUAGAGAUUUAUGUUGAUGAUGAGGCUAAACUUACAUUACAUGGUCUACAACAGUAUUACAUCAAGUUGACUGAAGGUUCAAAGAAUCGUCAGUUAAACGAUUUAUUAGACACGCUUGAAUUUAAUCAAGUGUGUAUUUUUGUCAAAUCUAUUCAACGAGCGAAUGAAUUAAAUAGAUUAUUGUGUGAUUGCAAUUUCCCAAGCAUCUGUAUCCAUGGUGGAAUGAAACAGGAAGAAAGGAUUGCCAGGUAUAAAUCAUUCAAGGAUUUUCAAAAAAGAAUAAUGGUCGCUACAGAUGUUUUUGGACGAGGAAUUGACAUUGAACGUGUUAAUAUAGUCGUUAAUUAUGAUAUGCCUGAUGGUCCUGAUAGUUAUUUGCAUAGAGUUGGUCGUGCAGGACGGUUUGGUACUAAGGGAAUUGCAAUCACUUUUGUAGCCGAUCAAGACGACGCAGACAUUUUAUUCAAAGUACAGGAAAGGUUUGAAGUAAACAUUACUGAAAUGCCAGCCGAAGUCGAAGUAAACGAUUACAAACCAAAUACAACAAGUCCAACUCCUACUACAACAACAUCAACAACUAGAACACCAACUCCAACAACAAGAGGACCAACAACAAAAACUCCAACAACUACAACACCAAUUCCAACAACAAGAGGACCAACAACAAGAACCCCAACAAGAGGAUCAAAUCCAACAACAAGAAUUCCAAAUCCAACAACAAGAACUCCAAAUCCAAAUCCAACAACUAGAACUCCAAAUCCAAGAACAAGAAUUUCAAAUCCAACUCCAAGAACAAGAAAUCCAAAUCCAACUCCAAAAACAAGAAAUCCAAAUCCAACAACUAGAACAACUCCAACAACUACAACUAGCCACAGAAUUACUCAUCUUCCUCAGUUUGUUUCUUAUUUUAGCAAUUAUAUUUGUUAUUAUAAAUAA